AUGUCCUACAGUGUGACCCUGACCGGGCCUGGGCCCUGGGGCUUCCGUCUGCAGGGGGGCAAGGACUUCAACAUGCCGCUCACUAUCUCCCGGAUCACGCCAGGCAGCAAGGCCGCCCAGUCCCAGCUCAGCCAGGGUGACCUCGUGGUGGCCAUUGACGGCGUCAACACAGACACCAUGACCCACCUGGAGGCCCAGAACAAGAUCAAGUCUGCCAGCUACAACCUGAGCCUCACGCUGCAGAAGUCGAAGCGUCCCAUUCCCAUCUCCACGGCAGCGCCUCCCAUCCAGUCCCCUCUGCCGGUGAUCCCCCACCAGAAGGACCCUGCUCUGGACAUGAACGGCAGCCUGGCAGCGCCCAGCCCCAGCCCCGAGGCAAGGCCCAGCCCUGGCACCCCAGGCACCCCGGAGCUCAGGCAGACCUUUAGCUCCUCCUUCUCCCAGACCUCCGUCUUCUCCUCACACACGGAGGCCUCUGACCUCGGCCCUCCGCGGGGCAGCCCGGGGGCCAAGACCAGCCCGGAGGGAGCCCUGGAUUCACUCAGCCCGAAAGUGCCGCUGGGCUCGAGCCAGCCAAGGCAGUAUAACAACCCCAUCGGGCUGUACUCGGCACAGACCCUGAGGGAGAUGGCUCAGAUGUAUCAGAUGAGCCUCCGAGGGAAGGCCACAGGUGCUGCACUCCCAGGAGGCGCUGACUACCAGGAACGCUUCAACCCCAGCGCCCUCAAGGACUCGGCCCUAUCCACCCACAAGCCCAUCGAGGUGAAGGGGCUGGGCGGCAAGGCCACCAUCAUCCACGCGCAGUACAACACGCCCAUCAGCAUGUACUCCCAGGACGCCAUCAUGGACGCCAUCGCCGGGCAGGCCCAGGCCCAGGGCAGUGACUUCAGUGGGAGCCUUCCUAUUAAAGACCUCACUGUGGACAGCGCCUCUCCCGUGUAUCAGGCUGUGAUCAAGAACCAGAACAAGCCGGAGGAUGAGGCUGACGAGUGGGCCCGCCGCUCCUCCAACCUGCAGUCCCGCUCCUUCCGCAUCCUGGCCCAGAUGACCGGCACAGAAUUCAUGCAAGACCCUGACGAAGAAGCUUUGCGAAGGUCAAGGCCCAAGGCCUCGGCCUACAGUCCCACGGCUGCGACCUGUUCGGCACCUGCCGCCCAUACAUACAGCGAGGCCCCACCUGCCCCUGUGCCCAAGCCCCGGGUUGUCACCACUGCCAGCAUCCGGCCUUCUGUCUACCAGCCAGUGCCUGCAGCUACCUACAGUCCAUCCCAGGGGGCCAGUUACAGCCCAACUCCCUACACCCCCUCUCCUGCUCCUGCCUAUACCCCGUCUCCUGCCCCCACCUACUCCCCCUCCCCGGCACCAGCCUAUGCCCCCUUGCCUGCCCCAAGCUAUAACCCUGCACCCUUGGCGGCCUACAGCGGGGGCCCUGCGGAGUCAGCCAGCCGCCCCCCGUGGGUGACAGAUGACAGCUUCUCUCAGAAGUUUGCCCCUGGCAAGGGCACCACCUCCAUCAGUAAGCAGACCCUUCCCCGAGCGGCCCCUGCCUACAGCCCUACAGGUCCCCAGGUGUCCCCACUUGCCAGGGGCACUGUCCAGAGGGCCGAGCGCUUCCCAGCCAGCAGCCGGACUCCACUCUGUGGCCACUGCAACAGCAUCAUCCGGGGCCCCUUUCUGGUAGCCAUGGGCCGCUCCUGGCACCCAGAAGAGUUCACCUGUGCCUACUGCAAGACCUCCCUGGCAGACGUAUGCUUUGUGGAGGAGCAGAACAACGUUUACUGUGAACGGUGUUAUGAGCAGUUUUUUGCCCCAAUCUGUGCCAAGUGCAACACCAAAAUCAUGGGGGAAGUGAUGCAUGCCCUGAGACAGACGUGGCACACGACCUGCUUCAUCUGUGCAGCCUGCAAGAAGCCCUUCGGGAACAGCCUCUUCCACAUGGAGGAUGGGGAGCCCUACUGCGAGAAAGACUACAUCAAUCUGUUCAGCACCAAGUGUCAUGGCUGCGAUUUCCCUGUGGAGGCCGGUGACAAGUUUAUUGAAGCCCUGGGACACACCUGGCACGACACCUGCUUCAUUUGCGCAGUCUGUCAUGUGAAUCUGGAGGGGCAGCCAUUCUACUCCAAGAAGGACAAACCCCUGUGCAAGAAGCACGCGCACGCCAUCAACGUGUAGGGAGCCCAGGGCGUCUGUUGCGGACAGGCUGGGAGCUGCUCCUGCUGCUGGCAACAAAGGAUUCAGGGAGGCUGAUGUUUCUUUUAGGGGGAAAGGGGGAAGACAGGAAGCAACUGAGCCCUUUUGAAGUAUAAUUUUAGUCCUUUCUUCUGCACUCAGAUCAUGUAUUUGCAUAGUUCAGACUAGAAGCCAAAUGAAGAUUCCUAAACCAAGCUAGUAAUUAAUCCAAGACUGGAAUUGUACUUCAAACGUUUAGGACAGGAAUCCAAGAACUCAAAAGUGAAAUACGAAAAGUAACUUUCCCAAAGUGAUACAUGUCCCUGAGGUCCCCAGAGCAGGGACGGGGCUCAGAGCAGUUGUGGAGAAUCUGAAGCGUCUAUGGAGUUUUCUAGAGCUCCUCUGGCAAACAAACGAAGUGCCAAACAGUCCUGGCUGCAGGGUAUUUUUAGAGCCAUAGCUGAGAGCUUAUUAGCUAAGGCCGAUUGGGCUUUCCUCACCAAAAAAGGAAGUGUUAUUCCAUGACCAGCGCCAUGGAGCUACCUCUGCACAUCAGACUUCAGACCUGAACAGACUUGAGCAUUCUGAAGGGAGCCCAGACAUCCGAAGAGAUGUGUUCUGGGAGCCCUGGGCAGUUGACGGGGCUUUGGGAGGGCUGGGGCUCACCCUGCACACUGCUGAGCAAAGAUGGGCUCUUCAGUUACCCUCUUUCGGUCUAAAACAUUCAAUAUCCCCUGAAGGCUUCGCUCCUGUUUGAAUUGUGACGGGAAAGUGGAAUUGGGUUUUUCCAGUUUUGCUUUGCUGUGUGUGAGAGGAUAUUUUAAAACCACUCUGGGUUGUGUUUGGCCUUUGUUUCGCUUUAUGAGGUUCGUUAGCAUGAAUGUCUAGUCCUGUGCAUGUAUUUCACUCCCAGUCCUAUGACUGCUCAUUUAUUACGUCUUCCUCAGCACCCUUCCCCCAACAGACUUAGAGUCCUGUGGAAAAAAGAGAGAGUGUCUGAAACGGGAUGGCAGAAUAAGCCAAGAACAUGUUCAAGCUCUGGGUGGAGAAGACGAACCUUACACUCUGCCAACCUCAGUAAGAACGCACGAGUUGGCAGGACCUCCCACCUCAGAUCUGCACUAUCCUUCUCAUAUGUUCUUUUAAAUCCAUCACACUGAUUAUGUAUAAUUGUGUUGACUGCCGGAAGGAAGAGAUGGACUGCUAUAUGUAGUCAUUCGCCAUUUUGGCCAAUAUUUUGAAAACGUAUGAGCUGAGUUGACGUAGCAAUUAUUUAAGUAUUUAUUGAAAUAGACUUGGGUCUUCAAACUUCUUUAAAGUGUUAGUGAUAGUCUGAGUUAAGUAAGCAUUUUAAAGCUGUUUGGUGAUAGAGAGAGAAGCUUAGUUUCUGAGGCUGGAAAUGGGGUCGUCCCCUUCCCUUGUAGGAAGCACUGUUGUGUGCUCCUUGAACCUGGCAUUGAGGCGGGCACUGGGGGUGGGUGUCUCGCACUUGAGCACAGUACUUAAGGCACUCUUCCAAUUCACCGCUACUCUCUCCUCACUCGUGGUUUGGAUUUUCUCUUUGCACGUUUGAAAUGUUUUAUGGGAAUGCAUUAGAACACUUUUUCUUCUGAGAACUGAGGCUUCCAGGGGACUGCCAUUCUACCUGAGUGUGUCCCUUCUCCCUGAGGGAGAAGGAAGCAGCUAGAUGUGUCCCUAGCAGGAGGCCCGUAUUUUUUUUCCACAGGUGAAGCCACCACCAUCCCCAGGGAGCAUCAGGGCCCUCCUUUACCUUUGGUGCAAUGAGAAAGUGAAUAUAAAGUACCAGGCAGUGAAUUCUGCUGGGAGCGCCUGGAGGUUUUCCAGGAGUUGCAAACAAGUACCUCAGAGCAUUCUGUUAUUUUGGGGAAGUUCAAAUACACAGAGACAAGGAGGUUGCUGACUGUACAGAAAGGCUCUAGGCAGGAUUUUCCUUAAAAAAAAAAAAACAAAAAACUAUUAAAUUAUCAGGGACUGGUCUUGAGAAAAGGGAAAAUGUUCCCUAGAGUUAAGUUUCCAAAAAUAUCUCUUAAAAGAGUUUACACGCUCGCGCACACACACACACACACAUGAUCAUUAAAAAGUGUAUGAUUAUUAAAAAGUGUAUGAUCAUUAAAAGGAAAAGUGAACUAUCUCAAAGGAGAACUUCAUCAUGGUCAUUUAUUGAAUUGGUGUUUCUACAUCCUAGAGCUAGUGUGGAUUCUGAGGGACUCGUAUUUACCAAAACACAAAACAAACAAACAAAAUAUUUUAAAGGUAGCAAGGAAAGGAGGUAGUUUUCAGUAUGGUUCCCUCGGUGUUUGUAAGUUUGGCAUAGCAUCGGGGUUCAGGUUGUACCGUUUCAAGUGAACGUCAUGGAGAUGCUACAACACCAGCACGAUUGUUACGCGUUCCUGGUGGGGAGUACACGUGGGAUCUACAGUUCUUGUCUCUUCAUUGUUGACAUUUAUUUAACAUUCAUAAACAUUCACUUUUUGCAACUGAGUGGCUUGUGUCUGCAGUGUUUGUGUUAGGAAUCUAGCUUUUAUAAUGUUAACUUUUCAACCAAGAUACUCUUGCUUUGGGAUUUUUUUUUUAAUUUUAAGAUUUCAUAAGUGGAAUGUAGUGUGUUAGAGGUGUGCACAAAAAUAUUUUGCAUGGUUUUUAUUUUUUUGGCCCUUGUGAAUUCUACUUUUUAGCAAAAUAAAACCAAAAAAAGG